AUGAAUGAUCCAGAUGCUGGGAAAAGGGGGACAGUGGGAAAAUUGAGGAACCAAAGGAAGAUGCCAGUGCUUAAUUGUUGCUUGCCAUCAGGCGAACUUCUCGUGACGCAGGGUUUUGCUGGUGGUUCUAAGCCUAUAAUUACGUCAAUAUCACCUGAAGGAAUCAUCAAGAUUUUUGCUAAUCUUUCAUCGUAUGCUAAGCACUUGUUCGGAAUUCUCUGUAAAGAUGAGAAAAUAUAUGUCAUUGGAUGCAACAGUUCUACCACUAAUGGUAACCACUUUGUUCUUCGACUUAAUUUGAUUGGAGAAGUAGAGCAUGUGUACAAUUCCAAUCUGCCCUCUGAAAAUAUAAAGGGCUUAAUUUCUCUCAAUGGACAAAUAGUUGGCCUUCGAGUCAAAAACUCUCAAAUGGUAGCACUAGAGAAGGAUGGAAUUUCCUCGACUGUGUUAAACAAAGUUUUCAACAGGAACAUGUAUGCAGGAAGUGCAUCGGUAGACAAUCGUGGAAAUGUUAUUAUAGGAACAGGCACAAAACUCACCUUCAUCAACCCAAGUUUGGAAAAAUCGCAUGAAAUAAGCACUGGUUUUUCUUCAAACAUCAUUGCCACAGCUGUAGACAACCAGGAUCAACUGUGGAUAGGUACUGUGAAUGGAGAGUUGAUCGCGGCUAAAUAUCUUCGAGUUUGAUAAUACACACUCAGC